UAUAACCUGUGAAGGCUGAAGAAAAGAUCAGUCUGCUUAUUCAGAGGUGAAAUAGGCAAUGGAUCCCAAAGGCCAGAGAGUAAAGCUUAAUGAUGGCCACUUCAUUCCUGUCCUGGGAUUUGGCACUGCUGUACCUCCAGAGUUUCUUAAGAGUGAAGCUCUGGAAGUCACCAAAUUCGCUAUAGAGGUUGGGUUCCGCCAUAUUGACUGUGCUCAUCUGUACCGAAAUGAAGAAUACGUUGGCCAGGCCAUUCAAAGCAAGAUUGCAGAUGGUACUGUGAAGAGAGAAGACAUAUUCUACACUUCAAAGGUGCUGCAUGCUGUGUGUUUAACAUGUGUGCUACUUUGGUGCACUUUCCUUCGACCAGAGUUGGUCAGACCAGCCUUGGAAAAAUCACUGAAAACUCUUCAACUGGACUAUGUAGAUCUCUAUAUUAUUCAUUUUCCACUGGCUGUGAAGCCAGGGGAGGAAUUAUUUCCAAAAGAUGAAAAUGGAAAACUGAUAAGUGACUCAGUGGAUCUCUGCCACACGUGGGAGGCCCUGGAGAAGUGUAAGGAUGUAGGGCUGACCAAGUCCAUUGGGGUGUCCAACUUCAAUCACAAGCAGCUGGAGAAGAUCCUGAACAAGCCGGGACUCAAGUACAAGCCCGUCUGCAACCAAGUGGAAUGUCACCCUUAUCUCAAUCAGAGCAAACUGUUGGAUUUCUGCAAGUCACAUGAUAUUGUCCUUGUUGCCUAUGGUGCUCUAGGAUCCCAACGAAUAAAAGAAUGGGUGAACUUGAACCUCCCCGUUCUCCUGGAGGACUCGGUUCUUUGUGCCAUUGCCAAAAAGCACAAGCAAACUCCAGCUCUGGUGGUCCUUCGUUACCAGAUACAACGUGGGGUUGUGGUUCUGGCCAAGAGUUACAACAAGAAGCGAAUCAAAGAGAACAUACAGGUGUUUGACUUUGAACUGACUCCAGAAGACAUGAAAGCAAUCGAUGGCCUCAACAGAAAUAUAAGAUACUAUGAAUUUCUUAUUGGUGUCGGUCAUCCUGAGUAUCCAUUCUCUGAAGAAUAUUGAUCAACUUACUGUGGUUCUUUGAUAACUUCUUACUUCUGGGGUGGUGAAUAAUUUUGUGCUUGAUGAAGAAGUUUAAAUAAAGGGUCUGAACUUCUGAAA